AUGGAUGUGCAGUCGCCCGCCGCCGUCGCCGAGGCUCUGCUCGGCGCUCUGGAACAGUAUGGGCAGGGGGACUACAUCGGCGAAUCGAUCAACCAGUUGGAGCAUUCGCUCCAAGCCGCCCACCAGGCGCGCACGGCCGGUGCCCGCGACGAGCUGGUGAUUGCCGCUCUGCUGCACGAUAUUGGCCAGAUCAUCCCGCUGGAGGCCACGAAAGAGGUGCGGAUGAACCUCCGCAACAGCGCGGAGAACGUCGGCCGGGUCGGCCACGAGGCGAUUGGGGCUGAGUACCUCCACUCGGUGGGAUUCAGCGAGACCGUGUGUCGCUUGGUCAACAGCCAUGUGGCGGCCAAACGAUAUCUCACCGCGAUCGAUCGCGCCUAUUAUGAUUCCUUGUCGACAGCAUCACAAAAGUCCUUGGCCUUUCAGGGCGGACCGUUUCAGGGCGAUGAGCUGUGCGCGUUCGACCGGGAUCCGCUGCGGGACGAGAUGGUUGCCCUGCGCCGGUGGGACGACGCGGCCAAGCUGGUGGGCGUCGAAGCAACCACGCCGCGUGCACGGUCCUACCUCGACACGAUCGUCACGCAUCUGAGCCAGGGCCGGGCGUAG